CUGAUUCAAUCCCAAGCGAUUAAUCAAGCAAGUAUUAUCUUUCUUAAACUUACUUAAAGUUGCGCACUGUCCUGCUGUCAGUUGUUUUGUUUUCAUUUCUGUUUUUCUACCCAUGCUUUUCGGUCUCUUUGACAACUGCCUCGUGUUUUUGUCUUCCCUUUUUUGCAACACUCGGCAAGGACGGAAAAUUUUACUGCAUUUUGUGCAAAGUUCAUUUAAUAAAUAUAAUAUUAGUCACGUUAGAUCACAAAAAUGUCGGUGGAAGUAACAAAGGAAGAGACUGCAGUCGCUGUGGAGGAAGAGAUUCAAAAUGCGACAGCAGAGGAAACCGCUACCGCAGCUGGCGAAGAAGUCAAAAAACAAAAAAAGCCCAAACCUAAUAAUAAGAAACUGCGGCAGGCCGAAGCAGCAGCGAAAAAAGCCACUGAUGGCGAUAAUGCGGAAACUUCUGCUACUAACGGCGAACCGGAAAUAGGGGCAGCAAGUAAUGCAGGUGAUGGCGAGGCAAAAGCAGCAGCAAAAAAGAAGAAUAAAAACAAAAAUAAAGGAGGUAAUAAGAAAGGACAAACAGAUCCACCAACCAUACCUAUCGCGGAGCUCUUCCCCGAUGGCCAAUUUCCAGAAGGUGAGAUUUUGCAACAUCCCACACCCAAAGAUCUUCCCGAUGAUCGUACGGCCAAGGAUCGUUUUACAUCGGAAGAAAAGCGUGCAUUGGAUCGUAUGCAUAAUGACAUCUAUCAGGAAUUACGUCAAGCUGCAGAAGCACACAGACAAACUAGGCAGUAUAUGCAACGUUAUAUCAAACCUGGCAUGACCAUGAUACAAAUUUGUGAAGAACUGGAGAAUACAGCACGUCGUUUAAUUGGCGAAAAUGGUUUGGAGGCUGGCUUGGCAUUUCCAACAGGUUGUUCGUUGAAUCACUGCGCUGCACAUUACACGCCAAAUGCUGGUGAUACGACUGUUUUGCAAUAUGAUGAUGUUUGCAAAAUCGAUUUUGGUACCCACAUCAAGGGACGUAUUAUCGAUUGUGCUUUUACACUGACCUUUAACAAUAAAUACGACAAACUUUUGCAAGCGGUAAAAGAAGCCACGAAUACUGGUAUCAAGGAGGCUGGCAUUGAUGUGCGUCUAUGCGAUGUCGGCGCAGCUAUACAAGAAGUUAUGGAAUCGUAUGAAUUGGAAUUGGAUGGCAAAACGUACCCCAUUAAAUCUAUAAGAAAUUUGAAUGGUCAUUCCAUCAGUCCAUAUCGCAUUCACUCUGGCAAAACAGUGCCCAUUGUCAAGGGUGGUGAAUCGACACGUAUGGAAGAAAAUGAAUUCUAUGCCAUAGAGACUUUCGGCUCAACCGGUCGUGGUCUCGUACAUGACGAUAUGGAUUGCUCGCAUUACAUGAAGAAUUUCGACGCACCAUUUGUACCAUUGCGUUUGCAGUCAUCUAAACAGUUGCUCGGUACUAUUAACAAACAUUUCGGCACGUUGGCAUUCUGUAAACGUUGGUUAGAUCGCGCUGGUGCUACUAAGUAUCAAAUGGCUCUUAAGGAUCUGUGUGAUAAGGGAGUUGUGGAAGCGUAUCCACCACUAUGCGAUAUUAAAGGCUGUUACACAGCUCAAUAUGAGCAUACAAUUAUGUUGCGUCCUUCCUGCAAAGAGGUUGUAUCACGUGGUGAAGAUUAUUAGUACGAUUGGAUAAGAAUAAAACGGUAACAGCCACGUACAACUGUUGCUAUCUUUGAACCAAUUGAGGAAAUAGCCUUCAAAGAAACCUUGGGAUAGUUUAUAGAGUCAUAUAAAUGCGCGCAACUAUCAAAUUGUUGUAAAAACGCCGAUACUAUUUUGUUUUCAUACUAUUUAUAUUUAUUGAAUUGGAAUUGACUUGGAAUUUAUUAAGAUUUUUCACAUGAACAAAAAAAAAGUUUAAACAAAAUUAGAAUGAACAUUUUUUGCAGUGUACACAUAAACAUACAUUCAUACAUAUAGAAAAUCGUGCAGAUAUUGUAAGGAUCUUUUGAAUCUAAAAAGAAAUGUUUAUAUCAGCUUCUUAGUACUCGAUUUUAUAAUAUCUACAUUAUUGAAUUUAAUAUAAAAGUAAAAGAAAGCAUGU